AUGUCUGCGCCAGGCGGGGCCCCGAGCCCUGCACCUCGAAGUGCAAGUAUCGGCCCCGGCGGUGGUGGAAUGUCUAUGCCUCCCCAGCAGCCGAUGGGUGCUACUACCCCAGUCGGCACGCCGACACCAGGGCCACCACCUCCACCACCGAGUGGUGCGAUGUCGCAACAGAAUCUGAAUCAAAUAGUCAUUGAUUAUUUGGCCAAGAAAGGCUACAGCCGAACUGAAGCCAUGCUGCGCAUGGAAUCGGCUAAUCAAGAAAUCGAUGGCCGACCUUUGCCUCCUCUGGGCGAGGAUGCGCGGCCCAAGUACAGGCUUGGGUUCGACUUGCUCAAAGUUUGGGUUGAGGAUAAUUUAGACCUAUACAAACCCGAGCUUAGGCGUGUCCUGUGGCCACUUUUCGUCUACUCUUUUCUCAACAUGGUUACUUCAUAUUAUCCCCAAGACGCGAAACAGUUCUUCGAGAUGAAUAAGAAUCUGUUUCUUCCAGAGCACACUGAGGACGUCCGCAAACUAGAACCCAUUAAUUUGCCAGAGCAUGUGCAGGAUAAUUCGACGGCCAAACUCUAUCGCAACAACAAGUACCGCCUAGUCCUCAGUAAUCCAGCGUUUUCAAACCUCAUGCAAUUCUUGGAGAGCAAGCAGAAAGAGGGGGGUUCUGUUAUGUCCGCUAUCUUGAGCAGCUAUUGUACCAUUAUUACUAAAGAGCGUGCUUCCGAUGAUCGAUUCAGCUUUGCUGCUAUGCUCGGCCAAGCCAGUGACGGGCAAACCUUUCCAGCAGAAGACGAAGGUAUCCCUGGUCAUCAUCCCGGAUCGGCAUACACUGGCGACAACCCGGCAAUGGCCGGUACUUUGCCCAGGCUCAGACUGGGUAAACUCCCCAUGGAACAGACACUCGAGACCGACGUCAGGGGAGAGCUGGCAGACGAAGAUAUGAGAAAUCCUCCGCCCCCGGGAUCCAACAGCCUCGUGCAGGAGUUUGACCAGAUGAUCAAAAAGGAGGAAGACGAAGAGGCUCCGACACGCGCGGAUAUCCCUUAUCCUCCUUCCACUGCGCGCGAUGUAGCCAUGGAAGUUCAAAAAGUGAAAGAGAAUCGUGAUCGAUUCCGGAUCGAAGGCCGGACGGGUGGAGUCGGUCCUGCGGUCAGCGUUUGCAUGUUCACCUUUCAUAACACCUAUGAUGGAAUCAACUGCCUAGAUUUCUCAGAUGACAAUAUGCUCGUUGCAGCUGGUAUGCAGGAGUCAUAUAUUCGUGUCUGGAGUAUGGAUGGAAAGAAGAUUCAAACUACGUACGACGUGGAUGAUGCGCCUCCCUCAAACUCGCGUCGUCUGAUCGGUCACUCUGGCCCAGUUUACGCCGUAGCAUUUGCCCCAUCCGCCACUCGCUCAGAAAACGCUGGAGCCCCGACCAAUGCGCGCUGGCUGCUCUCAUCAUCUGCGGAUAGGACCAUCCGGCUUUGGUCUCUUGAUCUGUGGCAAUGUAUGGUCGUUUACAAGGGUCAUGACCAGCCCGUUUGGGACAUUCAAUGGGGGCCUUUCGGACACUACUUCGUUUCUAGUGGGCACGAUAAAACCGCUCGUCUUUGGGUUACAGACCACAUUCGUCAGCAGCGCAUAUUCGUCGGCCAUGAUCAGGAUGUGGACUGCAUUUGUUUCCACCCGAAUUCCGCAUACAUCUUUACGGGCAGUUCCGAUCACACUGUACGUAUGUGGGCGGUAACGACCGGCAAUGCCGUCCGUAUGUUUACUGGCCACACCGGUAACAUCACAGCCCUGGCUUGCAGCAGGGAUGGCAAGCUUCUCGCAUCUGCCGAUGACCAAGGGUCAAUCCUGAUGUGGGAUUUGGCCCCAGGAAGGUUAUUGAAGCGCAUGCGCGGUCAUGGAAAAGGAGGUAUCUGGUCUCUUAGCUGGAGCGUUGAGUCGACGGUCCUCGUCUCCGGCGGUGCGGACGGCACGGUGCGUGUAUGGGAUGUCACGGGGCCCGCGCAAGAACCGGCUCAGGGCCGCGUGGUUGGCGAGGGCGGUUCAGGCGCGAAGAUCGAUGCUGGCAAUGCUGCUGUUACUACCACGCAGUCGGCCACAUCGGUUGCUCCCGGCAUGGGCAAGAAGAAAGGAAAGGAUUUUGUGGUGACUCCCGACCAGAUCAGCGCCUUCCCGACGAAGAAAAGCCCAGUCUACAAAGUGAAGUUUACCAACAUGAACCUCAUCAUUGCCGGCGGCGCUUAUCUUCCUUGA